AAUUCAACCCGGUCCACUUAACAUCGGGUAGGUUAACGUUUCGGGCGCCGGGUCAACGGCGCAACCAAUUCGAUGCCCCCUCCCGAAGUUGUACAGCCCAGGUGGACCUUGAACUGCGAUUGGUCAGAAAGACGUAAUAGCUAAUGACAACAUUGAACUCUCAUGCAGGCGAGAACAGAGUGACACACUUUACGGUGUCCAACUAACAUAAAAUCAGCAGCCUGUGGACAACCCAACAUUAAGACAGACGACAGGGUCUUUGUGGAAAACAAAGUUUUAUGGUUGACAUUGCUAUAGGCUAAAUCGCAAUCGCGUCAAGACAAGACAGGACAAUAGGGGUGCGGCACCUGCCACACCCCUACCUGGUUUGUUUCUGUUUAACAAAAACGAAAGUCAAGUCGUCCUUUAAUGGUAAACCCAGUAUUCUUUAUCUCAAGUUAAAGUCGCUUUGCCUUCCGCUACACAUAUGCGGAGUUUUGUCAUCAUUGAAUUCCUGUCCAUUUCCGAUAUGCAGUCCACGGCUUCUCUUGAGAGACCUUUAGUCUUCUUUGACCUGGAGACCAGCGACCAAAAUCCAUCAGAAACAAGAGGGGGUGAUAUCAUCCAGCUGGCGGCCAUCAGCGGAGUUCACACCUUCAAUGUGUAUAUUAUGCCUCAGCGCGACAUCCACACAUUCACCACUGCGAGGACAGGCUUCAUGGUCAUAGGUGGCAAACUUAACAAGGACUAUAAAGACGUUUCCACCAUCCCCUUGCACGAGGCCCUGACCUCUUUCUACGCCUUCCUGCGGUCCUUUAACAGACCCAUACUGCUGGCUGCGCACAAGGCCCAAGACUUUGCCCUACCUAUACUGAAGAACGCGCUGAUCAGGUGUUACCUCGCCCAGCAGUUCCACGAGCUGGGCCCCAGUUUUUUGGACAUCUACCUACUCAGUAAGGCGCUCUAUCCAGGGUUAGUCAGCCAUGAACAAGAGGAUCUGUUGUACCCCUUCCUGGGAAAACCCAACAACCACAAUGCAUUGGAGAAUGUUACGGCUCUGCAGUCGCUGUACGGGGUUUGGAAUCCCAACCAAGAGUCUGUGACUCAGUGUUUAAUCUAGCAGUGCUUGUUGAUUUAUUGACAACAGGUAGUUGUCUGUCUGAGAGUCUCUCCAAAGAUUUGUAGUUAAUUUCAGAAAUUCAAGUAAAUAAUUGCAAUGUUCUUUGCUUAAGGGUAUACUAUAUGGCUUCAGUGGUCAAUUCAAAAAAAUAAAAGAGAAAAAUUGACA